AUGCAGCCCACUCUACUGUUCUUUCUGGUGCAGAUAGCGGGCCUCAUUGGCAGGUGGCAGUUGGGGUUGUUUUGCUAUGAAGAACUCGCUCAUUCAUUUCUCGCUUGCCCCACAGAGAAGCAUCUCUGUUUGUGGGAAGGUCAUUGGCUUGUCAAAUAUCACCCUUAUUCCUGGUGGAAUGACCACUGGGACAUGCAUUUCCAGACUGCAGAAGUGCAGUUAAACUUUACAGAAGUGAUGGACAUUGUGAGCGAACAUUUUCAGCAACGGCCAGAGGGUGCAUUACUGGCUGCUUUACCCACCACCAUGAAUCCUCAGGGAGGUCCAUUGAGUAGGCAACUUCUCGCAGUCAGGGCAGCAGCAGCACAUGCUACUGAUGAAGUUCGCCGAAUGAUUGAAGAUAAUCAGAUUGAGGCUGUCAUCGGUGUCAAGUCUCUCGGCCACCCGGAGGAGAUCAAUAUCGGCCAUGCUAUGGAAGCUUUUCGCCAUGUGGUACAUUGUGCAAGACAGAUGGUGACAACUCCGUAG